AUGUCAGAACUACAUACCAAUACAACUCCAUCGUGUCACGACGAAACAAAGAAACAAGAGCAAGCUCAAGAGGACAAACCAAAACCAUGCUGCGUGUGUAAACCAGAAAAGGAGGAAAGAGAUAAGUGUUUACUGUUUAAUACCGAGGCUGAUGAAACUCCUGCUAGCUGUCAAGAGUUUAUAGAUAAGUACAAGGCUUGUAUGAGAGGAUAUGGUUUCGAGGUAUAA